GUCAAAUUUUCAAGUUCUGGGAAAUUCCGAAAAAAUUCUUACCUCAACAUGUCUGAUUCUAGUGGAGGUUGUGCUAGCUCGCCAACUAUUAAGACACAUUCUAUAACAGAUGACUACAUUGUUUUAUGGAAGGAAAAGCUGGGAACAGGAAUAACUGGUCCAGUCAGGCCAUGUAUCAAAAGGGACACGAGAGAGAGGUAUGCCCUGAAGUGUAUGAUGGAUGGACCGAAGGCCCACACUGAGGUGAGACUCCACAAACUGUGUAGUGACCAUCCAAAUAUUGUAAAGGUACUGGAUGUCUAUGCAAAUGAUGUCCUCUUCCCAGGAGAUCCUCACCCUAAAGCACGAUUGCUUAUGGUGAUGGAAUUCAUGGAGGGAGGGGAGCUCUUUGACAGAAUUAGUAAAGAGAGCAAGUUUACAGAGAGAAAGGCUGCCAUAUACCUCAGGGAUAUCGCAGAGGCAGUACACAGGUGUCACAGUCUGAAUGUGGCUCACAGGGACCUCAAACCAGAAAACCUCCUCCUGAAAAACAACUCAGAGGGUGCUGAGAUUAAGCUGACUGACUUUGGUUUUGCCAAAGUGGACGAUGGAAAUCUGCAGACUCCACAUUUCACACCUUAUUAUGUAGCACCUCAGGUUUUAGAGGCUCAGAAAUAUAAAUCCAAACAGAGAAAGGGAGUGAUACAGACCUCUAAACCAUAUACUUAUGACAAGAGCUGUGAUAUGUGGAGUGUAGGUGUAAUUCUGUACAUUAUGCUGUGUGGUUAUCCCCCUUUCUACUCAGAAACUCCCUCCCGAAACAUUACCUCAGAAAUGAAAAAGAAAAUCCUCUCGGGGAAGUAUGAAUUUCCUGAGGAGGAUUGGAAGUUUAUUUCUGAUGCUGCAAAGGAUGUUGUCAGGAGACUGUUACAUGUGGAUCCCAGCUGUAGAAUGAAUAUUUAUGAGUUGAGGGUCCACCCCUGGAUGACAGAGGCCCCAGACACUAUUCUACAGUCCCCUGCGGUCUUCUCCAAUAAGGAAGGUCUAGAGGACAUUAAGUUAGCACAUGCAGAACAGCUGACUCAGUUGAGACUGCCAGAUAAAACAAUUAAACUGAAAUCCAUCAACGAAUCUCAGAGUGCGAUCAUCAGGAAACGCAAACUCAGACAGAACAGUUUUGAUGAAUGUGACAAAGAGACUAAACUGAAGAUAAAAGAAAACGAUGUCAAACUAAAACCACUAAGAGACAUAAUAGCCUACUGUGUGUUGCCACCAAAAGAUGAAAAAGAUAGUAUGUUGAACAGUCUCAUACUGAAUGCUCUGAACAGUUUAUGGUGCCGUAACAAACUUCUCUCUGUACUACAGCGAUGGAAUUGGGAUGGAGAAAAAUUUCAGACAAAAGUGGAGAAAAUGAAAUUAGCUCAACACCUAAGUGAAUUUGUGAAGUCAGUGACAGACGUUACACAGGAUGAUUUCAAUAGUUGAUGUUUAGUUUCUGGUAGAUGGCUAUUACUGGAACUAUAUACAACAAAUUGAUAGCAGAAUGCAGGCAUGUUGCAUUAAAUAGAAGAUAAUCAUGAUUAACAUCACAGAUAAUCUAUUUAAAACUACAUGUAUUACUGGUAAUAAAAUGGCUUCUCUUAACAUUUUCAAACAGUUUACAGUAAAACUUGUUUAUAGCAGACAGAAUUAAAGCAUGCACCUGUUAAGAACAAAGUCUAAUAAAUGUAAAAUUAGCAAGAUACAUGUACAUGUCCUUUAUAAUGAAUUCACAUAUGAAGAAAUGAUUCUGACUUUUGCUAGGGUGAUCACUAUAUCCAGGUUGUACUGUAUAUACACAUUCUACUAUGUAUAGAUAAUAUAUAUACUUGUAGUCUGUUAAUGGACAAGGUCCUCAAGAACAUGACUUUUUGACUGAUAUAAAAAAUAUAACAACUAUCCUACAAAAAGGUUAAGUAACAGCAUUUGCUCAGAAAGGAAAUGUUCAACUCAUCAUUAGUCUUAUUGUUGUUUUUUCUUAUAUACAGUCAAACCUUGUUAUUUUGAAUUUGAUGGGACUGAGAAAAAAUUCAAGAUAUCCAAGGGUUCGAGAUAUCAAUGGUUAAAUACUUAAGAAAUACGUGGUUAGGACUUCCCAAUCACUUCAACAUAUCCAUGGUAUUCAAGAUAUCUGUAUUCGAGAUACCGAAGUUCAACUUUACAUUGAAAGUAAUGAUUAGAAUUGCUGUCUGGCAAUUUAUUUUAGGGAAAUAACAGGGUUUAACACAACCUAAGAAAGAUGUCAAUUCACUUUUCACAACUUGAUCUGCAUUGAUGCCAAAGUUGAGGCAUUUUUUUUCACUUUUUAAUAAGGGUCUACCUAAGUGAUCUGUUAGAUAAUAGUAUGAUCUGAAAUUCUUUUUUCUUACCUAAACUCAGUUUAGCCAUAACAUGCAAUGAUUACUGGAUUAUUCUGUAGCUUAUGAACUUUGAAAACUGUAAAAGUCAGAUAAAUUCUUCCAUUGAUAUAUGUGAGAUGAGAUUUAAAAGGACCUUAUGCAUAUUUAUGUAUUAACUGGUGCUUAUUUAAAACUGAAAGUAUAUACUUUGUGUGGAUUUAUAUCUUCUCAGUUAAUAUAUCUGUGAUGUCAUCAAAAAGUUGACAUUUAUGCAGGGUUAGUUUAUGUUGUGCAAAUUCAUGUCACUAAUUUAUUUCAUUUUUUGUGAAGCUUUACUCAUGUUUUUUUUUUAUUCUUUAUGCCUAAUAAAAUUAUUUAGAAACUCUA